AUUUUGUAUUAUUCAGUUGGCAGUAUGGCACCGAAUUAUUGAUAAAGUUUUCCCACUCUCACGCUAAAAAAGUAAAAUGAUCAAAAAUAAAGAUGCUAGAAGUAGAUAUUGAUGACUCUACUAUUUGUGAUUCAGCGUACUCCCUUGUCGAAGGAUGCCGAUUACCGGUUCGAAUGAAAGGUGGCGUAGAUUGGCCACUAGCAGAAAUUAUAAGUAUAAAAGAUAUACAAGGCGAUAGAUGUUUUUAUGUGCACUAUGUGGACUAUAAUAAACGUUUGGACGAAUGGGUGAAAGAAGAUUGUUUAGAUACUCGUAAAGUACAAUUUCCAAGGCGAGAUGUACCGGGAAGUGGCACAGGCUUUUCAACUCCAAAAAAGUCUUCAAUUGGAGGAGGAAGCCAACGAGUUGGAGAAUCUUCUAGGCCCACAAGUCCGACAGCACCUGAAUUAUUAAAUGGAUCAGCAGUACUAGCUGCCGCACUUCAAAAGAAAAUCAAUAGAAAACGAAAAGCAGUUUCAAUAGAAAAUGAGGAAACUCAACCAAAGAGUGAGGAGUCGGAAGCCACUACUCCUAGACAGUCUGGAAGUAUGGUGGCUCACCAUGAUGAUGUUGUCACUAGAAUGAAAAAUAUAGAAUUAAUUGAAUUAGGUAGACAUAGAAUAAAACCUUGGUAUUUUGCACCUUACCCUCAGGAAAUGAUUCACUUCCCUUGCAUAUAUAUUUGUGAAUUCUGUCUCAAAUACAGAAAAAGUCGAAAGUGCUUAGAGAGGCAUUUGAUUAAAUGUAUUUUGAGGCAUCCUCCAGGAAAUGAAAUUUAUAGGAAAAAUAGUAUAUCAUUUUUUGAGAUCGAUGGAAGAAAGAGCAAAUGUUAUGCUCAGAACCUCUGCUUGUUGGCCAAAUUAUUUUUAGAUCACAAAACUCUGUAUUAUGAUACAGAUCCAUUUUUAUUCUAUGUGAUGACAGAGUUUGACAACAGGGGUUUCCACAUAGUUGGUUAUUUCUCUAAGGAGAAAGAAUCUACAGAAGACUAUAAUGUAGCUUGUAUUCUCACAUUACCACCAUAUCAAAGGAAAGGAUAUGGAAAGUUAUUGAUAGAAUUUAGCUAUGAAUUAUCAAAAUUUGAAGGAAAAACAGGCUCCCCAGAGAAACCUUUAAGUGAUUUAGGCUUAUUAUCAUAUCGAAGCUAUUGGGCUCAAACAAUACUAGAAAUUCUUAUUUCAUUAAAACCAGUUGGAGAUAAUGAGAAACCUCAAAUAACUAUAAAUGAAAUAUGUGAACUUACCAGUAUUAAAAAAGAUGAUGUGAUAUCAACAUUGCAAAAUUUAAAUUUAAUUAAUUAUUAUAAAGGUCAAUAUAUUAUAUCUGUUAAUCAAGAAACAAUUCAAAGCCAUAAAAAAUCUAUGGAAAAAAGAACUAUACGCAUUGAUCCAAAAUGUUUACAUUGGACACCAAAAGAUUGGUCCAAGAGAUCAAAAUGGUGACUUCAUAGUUAUAAUAACUUAGUUAAAUAGAUAGAUAGAUA